AUGAAUUAUUAAGACCCUACUAUUUUGGCAUUAAAAUAAUAGAAUGUUGAAUAGCAGAGAUAAAUAGAAUAAUUAAUGGGGAGAGUCAAUAUGCUUAUUAAAUAAUAACAAUUAUUGAGACCUCCAAAUAAAAAAUUAGAAAUUGUAUAUAAGAAAAAAAAGAUUCAUGACGAAAUAGUAGAUGAAGUAAUUUGAGCAUAAAACAAUUAUUUAUAGUUAAAAUCAGCUAAGGAAUCUCUUUAUGAUCAAAAUAGUGAAUAAAGGAAAAAGGAGGAUAACUUUAUUAAGAGGUUCUAACUCAAUAAAGCAAUUAAAACAGCCAAAGCUCAGGUUGAAAAGGAACGUGAGGAACAAGCAAAAUAUAUGAAGAAGAUUAGUAGUCUUCAUAGAAAAUCGAUAGAAGAACAGAAGCAAUAAAUGUAUUAGGAAAGGAGAACAAAUAGGAAUAAAGUCUAAUUAAAUGAAUUUUAAUCUAAAUACAAUUAUUAAAUAUAUUGGGAUGAGAGAGUAAAGAAAUUUGAAUAAGAAUAAAAUAAAGUAAAGAAUCAGUUAUCUAAAUCUAUGAUGGAUUAAGAAAGUUUAAUGAAUUAUUUGGAAUAACAAGAAACACUAUUAAUGGGAAAAUUACAAUAAAGUAAGUCUUCUUAAUAAUUCUUAUAAUAAAAAUUAGAAGAUGCUCAAAGAUUAAAAGCAAAAGAAUUUGAAUAAAAAUAUGGAAAGCCUAAAGAAUCUAAAUUUUAACAAAUACUAGAUAUCAAAGCAAAAUAAUGA